AUUUGAUGGAAUACUAUAUAAGAUAUAAAAAAAAACGUGGUAUUAUCUAUCAUAGACCGUCAAGGAUGAAGUUAAGUGUAGCUAUACUAGUCUUGUGCUUAGUUGGAGCUUCAUCUGGACAGAAUUCUGAGGAAUCUGAAGAUUCGUGCGUCGACCCUGCGUUUUAUACACUACUAGGAUUCUUUAGAGGAUUUCCCAAAACGGAUAGCAAAGAAAUAAAUGGUUAUGAAGCUGCAUUAUAUGACCCUCUGUUGGAUGCAUUCUGGGCCAAGAAAGACGAUAUAGGUCUAGAGACGGCCUUGAAUGGUUUUAUGAUGGAAUUUUCCAAAGCUGUUAUGGCAGAGCAUUAUCAGUGCAAAGGGACACAAUUAAAUCAAAUCUUGAUUGAUGUCUUAAAAAAAACCACAACAACAUUCAUGUCUAAAGCAGAGACUUACAUCAUAUCUACACUUGAGAAGAUAAAAAAACCUGGACCGACUGCAGCAUCUGCUUUAAGUAGGAGAGGUCGUCAUCGUUAUCAUCUUGGGAGGAGAGGCACUGUAGAUGAGAUCAAUGCAGCAUCUGCUGUAAGUAGGAGAGGUCGUCAUUAUGGGAGGAGAAACACUGUAGAUGAGAUCAAUGCAGCAUCUGCUGUAAGUAGGAGAGGUCGUCAUCAUAGGAGGAGAAACACUGUAGAUGAGAUCAAUGCAGCAUCUGCUGUAAGUAGGAGAGGUCGUCAUCAUCGUCAUGAGAGGAGAGACAUUAAGCGUGGAAAAAAUAUGAAGAACUUCAAAUCAAAGGUUGAACAAAUUGUUGCAAAAACUUCGGAGCUGCUCAAGAAAGUUCUAAGUGAAGAUGUAGCCAGUCAUAUGGAGACGGAACAGUUUGAAGAAAUCGCUUGCUACCUAAGAUUUGUAAGGGAACAUCUGAGGAGUGCGGUGGAAGCUAAAGUAACACUGGUAAAGAUUAAACAGGAAUUAAAGGAAUCGUCGGUCGAAGAUUUUUCGGAUGUGUUCCAAUGUACCGACCCUAUGCUCAUCGUACAGAUCUAUGAGGAGAACUGGCAAAGUGCUAAUCUUCCAGAGGAAGAGAACAUUUUAUUUCAACACAUUGGUGAAGCUUUGAUGAGAGUUUUAGCAAAAUCAAGCGAAGACCGCCAGUGGAUGAAGAAAGUACUCGAUAACGAUAACACAAUUCAAUUAAACAAGAUAAUUCACAUGUUGGCAAUGAAAGUCUUAACAAACCUACAGCCUUUCCUAGAUGCUAAAUCAACUGAUGAAAUGAUUGAAUUCUUUAAGAAAUUUUUAACCUCUAAGAAAAUGGAAUAUGCUGAAAAAUUGAUUCGAAGUUUGGACAUCUUCGACGUAGCAGAUCCAAUGAGUAGUCCAGAAUCCAUGAAGUCUCCAGCACCAGUUAGAAGAAAUAACUUAAUGGAAUCAGAACUUGAUAAUAUCAUGAACAAACUUAUAGAGAGAUACGUGUAAUACCAGAGCCAACAGACUAUUCUGGAAAUGUUUUGAAUAAAACUUUUAAAAAAACUUA